AUCAUCACUUGUCGAUCAGGAACAAAUAAACAGACUGGUGUCUUCCUCAGUCAAAGAUGGCGACCGGAAAGGAUGUUCGAGAUAUAUUUGCAAUCUCACAAGGGCAAUCUUCCUCCAGUACAAGCAAUGGAAAUAGGAGUAAUACGGCAAAUCGAAACAAUGCCGGAACGUCCUCAAAUCCAAGUAAGAAGAAAAAACCAAAAGUGGAUGGAAUCUCGCGUGAAUUGUACGCACUUUUAGGCGACAACACUCCAAGCUUGACAUUUGCACAAGGAGGAGGGAUUGGUUCGGGUAAUGUCGGUGGAGAAAGUCAAGAAUCAGGUAGAUUCAUGCCAAAGUUCAAAAAACGUCCACAAAAAACACAAAAAUGGACUUUUGCACCUUUUCGUAAUCCGGCUAGACAAGACAGUCUGACAUUACGUCAUUGGCUUCCCGAACUUGAACAGGAACAGAUAGAACAACAAUAUUCACAAAAUAAGGAGCAAGGUAAAACGGGUGAUUUUGACUUGCCAUCGGGGGAAGCGGAUGACAUUCCUAGGAUUUACAGAUUUUCUGAUCAGAACACCGAUUCGGGCGUCUAUCGAUAUUCAAACGACGAAUACCACCAACACUUACGCGAUGAAGAUUGGACGAAAGAAGAGACAGACUACUUGAUGGACUUGUGUUCUUCGUACGACCUGCGAUUUGUGGUCAUUACAGAUCGAUACGAAUGGCCCGGGAAAGAAAGAUCGAUGGAAGAUUUGAAAGCGCGAUAUUAUGCCAUUUGCAGACGAUUGAUCAGAUCACGAAUCUCUACAGAUGAUAUGGACGCUCGUCAACAGCUUGUGUCCACAUAUUCAUUCGAUCGUACACGAGAAGUGGAACGGAAAAAGCACGUUGCCAGAUUGUUCAGCAGAACACCACAACAAUUAGCCGAAGAAGAAGCACUUUACGUAGAAGCAAGAAGGCUGGAACAGAAUGAAGCCAAAUUUGCUGCUGAACGGGAGGAGCUACUUCGUCUUUUGGGUGGAUGGGAACGAUUGCCGAACGUGCGUAGCGAAACAGUGGCAGCUGCUGGUUCUGGGGUUGGUGGAGCAACACCGGAAGAAGAAGCAUCAGCAGAAGCAAACCGUAAAGCGAAUCGUAAGCGUAAGGCAGCAGGAGAAGUUGACGAAGAUGGAUCGUCAUCUAAAACUGGAGACAGCGCUUCUACACCUUCAGGACCUCUCACAGCUAAGCAAAAAGCAGAAUUACGCAGCAAGCACUUUGAUGAAGUACAUAACAUCGUCCGAUUUGAUCCACAAGCUGCGGCCGCUUUGGCGAACAGCAAGCCACCUUAUCCACACUUGACUGGAACGCCAUCGACAUAUCCACCUGUCGCACAAGUAUCGAACAAUUCUGCUGCUUCACAUGGAGCCUACCUUCGUUCGACACGUAUGUUAAUGCCAAGGUCAAAUUUAGCACUGAAAACACAAGAAGCAUUGGCAGAAUUACGACCUCCGAUCUCGUUGCGGUUAACGUUCCCAACGCAAUCGAACUGUGAGAAAUGGGAAGGCGUUGUUGGAGCGGUAACGAGUGGAUUGGAAAUGAAACGUCAAUUAGAUCGUGUUCAAUCGGAAUUACGAAUCGCCCAAAUGCGAUCACAAGGAAUAGCGCCACCGCCAACGGCACCACAACAAGCAGGUUCUGUCAGAGCGCCAAGUGCAACUCCUUCGAAUGCCAGACGUCCUAGCAUAGCUGGCAGAAGUGUAACUCCUCAAAUUUCCGUUUCAACGGCUGAAGGCACGACAGAACCAUCUGCACCGAUUUCCUAAAAAAUUCAUGUAUCAUUAGUGUAAUUUAUAACCCGAGUGGUUGACAGAUGGAAUUGAGUUAGUGUAC